GCGCGCGCGCGUGCUCCCGUGCUCCCAGCCACCACCGCGCAUCGCGCAUUACCCUUCUUUCGGUUUCUUCGUGCUUAUAGUGCUUCUACGCGAGCUACGCGAUUCUCGUCCUCGUCGUCGGCAACAGGUGAGUCGUUUCAAACUUGUAGCUGCUCCAUCGCUCUCCAUUUCUCUCUUUCUCCGUUCUUUAUCGUCACCUUUCUUCCUUCCAUCCUUGCCUCCCUCUUUUUGCCUCGGUCUCUUUCCGCAGUUUCACUCGGGAAAUCGCAUUACCGUAGUAUCGUUUCGCAACGUUACCGAUCCAUCCGCAGGAUCGAAAACCCUCGGCUCCUUCGAGUCGAUUAACUAGGAUUAAACUCGAAUCGAUCGAGUGACCCGGCCAAACAUCGAACAAACUCGUAAUCGAGCUCCCUGCCUCCUACAGAGAUAACUUUCUAACGCAUCGUUUCUCGAGUUCUUCCUUUACUUCCUCUUAAAAUUAAAACGAACCUUGCUCGAUUUUAUUCGACAUUUAAUUUCUGCUCGAUUUUAUUCUAAGAAUCUGAUUUUCUAAUCCAUGCAAUAAAUCACGAACGUUCUCCUAUCGACUUAGAGGGUUUAGAAAGAGACUCCGAUGAAUUACGACGUCGAAAGUUUGAUCCUUUUUUCUUGUUUCGUUCGUGGUCGUUCGAGGUCGCGUCAGUUCGAAAUAAUCGCGUUUCGCGCGACAAAUUUGUUCGCGCGCACCUAGCACAGGUAUCCGCGGCCUUACGCGCGACAUCCGCGGCACGAGAUAGCAAGGAAAUCGAUAAGGAGUUGCGUGAAGAGAAGAAAACGCGAUGGAGCGUCGAAACGGUGAUGCGUUUGGCGAGUAGCCGAUCGAAGGGAAACAAGCACGCGAGCGAUUCGAUCGAGCGAGCAUCGAGGAUCAACGAGCGACCGCCUCGUCGUUAUGUUUGCCAAGUCGAAGAGCGGUUCCACGCCGAGCGUUCUCCUCUCGAAUCCUCUGCAAAACUUCUAUGAGAUUGGCAAACAAUCGGCCACGGCGGGCCCCGAGAACGCGUGGCGCGUUUACGACGCCUAUGGCAAGGCGGACAGAAAGGAAGUGUCGAUAUUUUUCUUCGACAAGCGCUCGGUCGAAAAGCUCUAUAAGCCGAAGCGGAAGGAGACGGUGACGGAAAUUUUACGGAACGGAGCUCGUCAGAUGGAACGAUUUUCCCACCCCAAGAUAUUACAGGCGUACAGAGUCGAAGAGUGCGCGGACAGCCUGGCUUUCGCGUCGGAACCAGUGUUGGCUAGUUUAGCGAACGUUUUGGCGUAUCAGGAACAACGAGCGAAUGGUAUCGGACAAACAUCGAGCACCGCCACGAAACAGGCAUCGUCGACUGCCAGUCAUCGUACCGUUUUCACGAAAGAGUACGAGCUGCUCGAUAUCGAGAUCAAGUAUGGUUUGUUACAGAUCACCGAGGCGCUGCUCUUUUUGCACGUGACGCAGAAAGUUCUUCACAGAAACGUUUGUCCGGCGAGCAUCGUCAUCACUAAAAGAGGAACCUGGAAGUUGUCGGGUCUAGAAUUUAGCGAAAAAGCGAACGAGACGCCCAUUCCGCUGCAACCGUGGACCAAUCGCAUGCCAAAAAUGGCUCAGCCGAACCUCGAUUACGUAGCUCCGGAAGUUCAGCAGAAGAAGCUCGGCGGUUUCUACAGCGACAUGUACAGCUUUGGUAUGACGAUAUGCGCCAUCUUCAAUCAAGGUCGACCACUGAUUCAAGCGAAUCACAGUUGCUCCGAAUAUCUGAAGCAACUGGAAAACCUCAAUGAACAACUCGCUGCCACGUUGCCCCUGAUUCCACUACCGCUUCAGGAAGCUGUUUCCCGACUGCUGCACGAAGACCCGGAAAAACGACCGACAGCUCAAGUUUUGUCGAUGAUCAAAUACUUCCUGAACCCAGCCGUGCACGCCCUCCAGUUUCUAGACAUCAGCAAGAUGAAGGACGUGCUGCAGAAGGAGCACUUUUACGCGAACACCCUGAAAGGAGUGUUACCCUACGUGCCAAAGAAACUUUGGUAUCAACAUGUAUGGACGUAUUUGCAAACCGAAUUGGAAAGCCAGGAAGUUCAGUCGGCCGCGUUGCAACCCGUACUUUACAUCGUUCAAAACAGCACGCAAGAGGAAUACGAUCGAAUCGUGUUUCCGUCGCUGCGGCAGCUGUUUUCGAACCGCAAGUCCGUUCAAGGAACGGUGACCCUCUUGGAAAAUCUGCAUCUGAUACUGAAGAAGACGUCUCGGGAGCACGUGGAGACCGAGGUGCUCCCAAUGUUAUACGCCUCCUUUGAAAACUCGGUGAUGCAGGUGCAGACCGCCGCUUUCGUGGCCGUAUCAAACGUAACCGAGUACAUAGACGACGAGGCAAUCCGGAAUAUCGUACUGCCGAAACUGCUGCAAGCGUUCGAGAAGAAUACGGUGGAUCCCCGGAUACUGGUAAACGUAAUUUCGUGUAUCUUGAACCGGCUGGACAAGCAGAAGAUCGUCGACUGCAUUCUACCGCUGCUGUGCAACGUGGAGCUCCAUGAGCCGGAGAUGAUCGUUCGGGUCGUGAGAAUUUACAGAUUAAUGCUGACCGACAAGAAGUAUGGGCUUACGGUGAAUUGGAUGGCGACUGGAGCCAUGCCUUCUCUGCUGCCUCAGACAAUCAAUCCCGCGUUGGACCUCGAACAGUUUGAACUGCUCUUCAAGGUGUUGCAGGACAUGCUGAAUCACAUCGAAAGAUACCAGAGGAAUCAGUUGACCCUGGACAAUCUGUCACUGUCGAGUCCGGAGAGGUAUCGGAGUUUACGACACCAGCACAGCACGGACAACAUGCAUGUUCCUCCAUUCAACAUACCGAACUUGCGGAUCGAACAGCGUAAGACUUCAUCGGCUGAGGAUAUGGCCAGGAAAAAUAGCACUACUUCGAUAUCGAUGACGGCUUCGGCCGAGAACAUGGCGAGGAAAAACUCGUUGGCGGCCAUGUUCGGUUGGUUCUCGUCCUCGAACAACGACAAUUUCCUAAAAGUGACGCCGUUCACCAGCAGACGGCUAUCGGACAACACUCUGAUGGCGCCGAAGAUACGGAUAGCGCCGUCCUGCGCGAGUUCUCCGGGCGACACUCGCAUGGGCGGACUUCUGAUUCGUCGUCAUUCGACCACCGGUCCUCAGGACCGACGCGGAUCUGGCAUAAAUCUAUCGCCUCCCACGGGCGCAGGAAUGCCGAUCACGAGCAGCAGCGUGCCAUACUUGUUUAGCUCGAGUAUGAAUAGUUUACGCGGCUCGAGGCGCCCAUCCGUUUCCUCGACGUCUUCCCAGCAGGGCACCGGGUUACUGCAGCAGGUUGGCUCUAGCAUGGUAAGACAACAACCCCCCAUCUGCCUGAACCUGAAUGGACCACCACCACCAUUACAACCACCAACACUCUCUCCAUUACUCCAGCUACCGGGACAGCCUUCCCACUGACCCUUCGUUACAGCUGCCAAUUCUUCGGCAAGUAGUUCGAAGCUCCAGCCGUGAUCGCUCGACGAGGAAACGCCGCGGAUUAAAAGGCAGCUCCGCGUGAUCCUAACGAGCUACUGGUUACCGUCCGUACGAUCAAAAUCGACAAACGAGAAUAAUUUUUUAGCAAACCUUGGCGAAGAAAAAUCGAAAACGAAGGCGACGGUUAUUUUCGUCGAUUAUCACCGACGCUCUACCAUGUACCUUGUGCGUACGCGCACGCACAAACACUCACAUAUAUAUAUAUAUAUUAUUAUAUAUUUACACAGAUAUAUGGAAAUACCUUUAAUCGUUAAGAUUUGCCGCGAAAGGGUCUUUCCAAGCGGCCUAAUCCUGACGUCGUGAUCGAUCGUCGUGUUCUCGUAUCGUUUUAAACGCGAUAGAUCGGUGAUCGCGCGUGUACGGUUUACGAAAGAGGUAAAGGUUAUCGGUCAAUCGUGCGAAUGUAUCGGUACACUCGAGAGCAAAGAAAGCUUCCUUUGAACCAGGAGUGUCAAACUUUCACUUACUUUCAUUUUCAAUAUUAUAACUUGCAAUUUACUCACAGUUGUCAAUUUACUCACAGUUGUCAAUUUAUAAAAUCCUUAAGAAUAUAGAAGCAAGAGCUGUGCUUUCUUGAAACUGUAAAGUUUACCUAGGAAAGGUAAAUUUGUUCUCGACUGUACCUCGAUUAAGGAAUUUCGUAUCCUGCAGCCGAAUGGACCGUACACGCGCGCGCGUUUCGAAAGUAACGCUAUACGUUCGCAUUUCGUGUAUUGGUGUUGUCCAAUCCGCGUACUCGCAAGUAUCCUUGGUCUGGUUUAAGCGAGAACGGAACGUGUCCUCGUUUUUCCUUGUAUCUCAAACGAGAAGAACUCGUAUCGCCGCGACGAGAAAUUCACGGUUCCACGAUUCAACGUCAAUUGUAUGCGAGUCAAGUUUUUCCGAUAGUUUUUGUAAACCACGAAACGAAGACGUUCGUCUUUCCGCUAAUGAACGAUCAUUCGAUUCGUAUUCUUCAUUCGAAGAACGAUAGAGAAUUUUCGUCGGAACGAACGUCGCUGUUUCGUCUUCUCGUUGUUCCAUGGUAAAGCCGCGAUCCAGGUGGAUAAAACGGAGCCGGAGGUCGCGGUAGGUACGCGUACGGUGUGGAAUAAUACGCGAGUUGGAAUCGGCGGAAAAACCUCCGGCGCGAAACCGCCGCGGCCGAUUCUCCUCUCCAUACGGUCGAGCGUAUACAUAUCAAAUCCGCGGACCGUUGCGCGCGACCGCGAUAAUUAAACGCGAUUCGACCGGUUAGGCGAACCUCGAUACAGUUCGAGACCCUCUCGAACUUUAGUCGAGCAGGGAAGUGCCCUAAUGGCCUAAAUAUGGGCUUAAAGUCAUGUUACGAGUUUCGUUUUAAUGCUACAUACAGUCUCACAACUUGUAUUACAUACUUUGUAACUCAAUCUGUGCCGACAUGCAAUGUUCAAGUGCAGUGAGACGCACAGUAGCAAUUAACCUUUUGCAUUCCAAAGUAAUUUCACUAUUUGCAAACAGCGACUUUAACCCUUUGCAUUUAAAGUUAAUUUGCAAACAGUGACUUUAACCCCUUGCACUUGAAGUUAAUUUGCAAACAGCGACUUUAACCCUUUGCACUUGAAGUUAAUUUGCAAACAG